GUGCAGCCGAAUGCCAUGCCGUUCUAUUUGACAGGUCGUUUGAACAUGUGCUGCCCAAAAUUCAAAGUGCUGCAAUAUUUUGCUGAAAAAUAGUGCUAAAAGUGUUUGAAAUUGAUUUAAUUUGUGUUACGGUUGUAGAUCUAACCCGGUUGUGUGAGGAUUUGCUGAAGUUUAGUGAAAGUUCGACUAUUUGAAGCAAUAAAAGUGAUCGAUUCAAAAUCGUUCGUUCGGACUUAACCUUCUCGAAACUGGUGCCGGAAAAUCGGUCAGGAUGACGAUCGACCAGAAUCUGGACGUGAAUUUGGACCCGACCAAUCUGCAGUUUUCCGUGUUCAGCUCGGAGGACAUCAAGCGGAUUAGUGUGACGAAGAUCGUGACGCAGCGGUCGUUCGAUGAGUUGGGCCAUGCCAUUCCCGGAGGAUUGUACGACGCGGCCAUGGGCCCUAGUGGAAAGGGGGAAGUUUGUGCUACUUGCGUGAAGGAUAUGAAUCAGUGCGAGGGCCACUUUGGGCAUAUUGAGAUUUGCGUGCCGGUGUUCAAUCCGUUCUUCGUCAAGACGGUGUACAAUUUGUUGCGCAUUUGCUGUACGGAUUGCUUCCGGCUGCAGAUUCACGACUCGAUGAAGAGUUUGCUGGAAUUGCAACUUCAGUUGGUGGACGCUGGGUAUAUCGUGGAGGCGGAGGAGCUGGAGGUGUUUAAGCAGAAGGUGGCGUUGGCACCGGUUGGGGAUUUGCCCGAGGGGAUCAGCUACUACACCGAGAUGCUGAUGAAGCAUCCCUACAACAAGCUGGGAAACACGAAAAACUCGGAGGCCAUUCGGAAUGCCAUCGUAAACAGUACGAUGAAGGAGUGCAUCAAGAAGCUGUGCAUUCACUGCAAGAGUCCCAUGCAGAAGGUUCGGGUAUCCAACAAACGCCUGGUGUUCAGUAUGACCCGGGCGGAGAUGCGGGCGUUCUACGAGAAGAAAGGCAUGAGCGACGUGGCAGAUGAGAAGACCAAAGCCACGAACCGGAUAAUCUUCGCCGAGGAGUGCCAACGCUACUUCUACGAGCUGUACAAAAACGACGGCGCUUUGUUGGAUCUGCUGUUCCCAAUUCUGAAGAACAGCGCCCGGACGAUGAAGCACCCAGUGGAUAUGUUCUUCAUGGACGUGGUCCCGGUGCAGCCUCCGUUGGUUCGUCCAGUGAGGCGCGUCGAUGGCAUGGAGAUCUUGGAACAUCCGCAGACCGCGAUCCUGCGGAAUAUUCUGAUGGCGAACGCGACGCUGCGAGCGGUGUUGGUGAUGAGCAAGAAAGACGAUGCAGAAGGUGAGAGCGCUUCAACGCUGGAGGCGGAGAUGAAGAAGGUCUACGAGUCCGCCAAAGGUGGUUCUGCCUACGAGAAGUUGUACAAUGCUUGGGUUGAGCUUCAGAGCUACGUAGAUAUGUCAUUGGAUAUCAAUAUGGCUUUGGACAAGAGCAAGGCUCGUGGAUUUGGCCUGAAGCAGAUCAUCGAGAAGAAGGAAGGCCUGGUAAGAAUGCAUAUGAUGGGAAAGCGAGUGAACUAUGCCGCGCGAACGGUCAUCACUCCGGAUCCGAACAUCGGAGUGGACGAAAUCGGAAUUCCGAUCACGUUUGCCAAACGACUGACGUAUCCAGUUCCGGUGACUUCCUGGAACGUCGCAGAACUGAGAAAGAUGGUGCUGAACGGUCCCGAUAACUACCCAGGAGCGAACAGCAUCGAGGAUUCGAACGGACAGGUGAGCAGAAUAUCCGCACUGAACGUGACACAGCGGGAGUCUGUGGCCAAGACCUUGCUGACGCCGCACAGCUCAAAUGAUCAAGGAGUGAAGAUCGUACACCGACACCUGUUGAAUGGAGACGUCUUGCUCCUAAAUCGUCAACCAACUCUCCAUCGGCCGAGUAUCAUGGCUCACAAGGCGAAGAUCCUCAGCGGCGAGAAAAUCUUCCGGUUGCACUACUCCAAUUGUAAGUCCUACAACGCUGAUUUCGACGGCGAUGAAAUGAAUGCCCACUUUCCGCAGAGCGAAUUGGCUCGCAGCGAAGCGUACAAUCUCGUAGCCGUUCCCCACCAAUAUCUGGUUCCGAAGGACGGAACUCCUCUGGGAGGCCUGAUUCAGGAUCAUAUCGUGUCCGCCGUGAAAAUAUUCAUUCGGGGAAAGUUCUUCAACCGUGAUGAUUACCAACAGCUGGUAUUCCAGGCAUUGUCCAACCAUCGCGGAGACAUCGAUCUUCUUCCGCCGACCAUCCUGAAACCCGCCAGACUCUGGUCCGGCAAGCAGAUCAUUUCCACGAUCAUCAAGAACAUCAUCCCCAAGAAGAUGCCGCACAUCAACAUGAUCGGAUCAGCCAAACUCGGCAACAAACACUGGCAAACGGAACCGGCUCGGGAAUGGCACGCCGGAGGUACUCCCCUAACCGGUAACCAAAUGUCUGAAUCGGAAGUGAUCAUUCGCAACGGAGAACUCCUUGUCGGAAUCCUCGACAAGAACCACUUCGGCGCCACUCCGUACGGUCUAAUCCAUUGCAUGUACGAGCUGUACGGCGGCCACUGCUCCACCCUUCUCCUAUCGUCCCUUUCCCGACUUUUCAGCUACUACCUCCAGUGGGAAGGUUUCACCCUCGGCGUCAAGGACAUCCUCGUCCAAAAACACGCCGACAAAAAGCGAGCCAAGAUCAUCAAAGCCUGUCGACAGGUCGGGCACGAAACGGCUGCUUCCGCUUUGGAUCUUCCUCCGGACGUCUCCGCCGAAGAGCUGAACUCCAAAAUGGAAGAAGCCUACGCCAAGAACCCAAAGUUCCGCGCGAUCCUCGAUCGCAAAUACAAAACCGCACUGGACUCCUUCACCAACCAGAUCAACGAGGUAUGCCUCCCGGGAGGUUUGAUCACCAAGUUCCCCGACAACAACCUCCAGCUGAUGGUGCAAUCCGGUGCGAAGGGUUCCACCGUGAACACCAUGCAGAUCUCCUGCCUGCUGGGACAGAUCGAACUCGAGGGCAAGCGACCCCCGUUGAUGAUCUCCGGCAAGUCGCUGCCGAGUUUCGCGAGCUUUGAGACAUCUCCCAAGUCCGGUGGGUUCAUCGAUGGACGCUUCAUGACUGGUAUACAACCGCAGGAUUUCUUCUUCCAUUGCAUGGCUGGCCGUGAAGGUUUGAUCGAUACCGCCGUCAAGACCAGUCGUUCCGGAUACCUCCAGCGUUGUUUGGUGAAGCAUCUCGAAGGUCUGAACGUCAACUACGACAUGACCGUGCGGGACAGCGACAACAGCGUGGUCCAGUUCAUGUACGGCGAAGACGGCAUGGACAUCUCCAAGGCCCAGUUCAUCGAAACCCCAAAGCAUCUAAAAUUCCUGGAUCUGAACCGUGACGCGAUCGUUCAAACGGAAACCGUGAAAUCUCUCGCUAACGAUGAAGAUCUGAAUGAUCAAAUCCUGCGCCACGUUAAGAAAAUGAAAUCCUGGCGUAAGAAGCAUGGCGACUGCCUUCAAAAGGUCCGCGUCUCGCCCUUCACCAAAUAUUCCUCGGAACACAGCGAGGAAAUACGCGCGGCCGUUUCCGACCCUGACCGUCUGAAAUCCAAAUCCGGACGGACUCGUCUCACCGAAAAGAUCGUCAAAAAAUGGCACAAAGCAGACCCCUCCCUAAAAGCCAAAUACGCCAAAAAAUAUUCCCGCUGUCCGGAUCCAACCUUCUCGCUGUUCCGCCCAGACAGUUGCUUCGGUUCUCUGACCGAGCACCUCGAACAGCUAGUCCAGACCUACAACAAAUCCCAAACUCCCCUGCACGAUAUGGACGAACUGAUGAAGGUGAAAAACAGCUACGCUCUGGCCGCCCCCGGUGAACCCGUGGGACUUCUCGCCGCGCAAUCCAUCGGAGAACCGUCCACCCAGAUGACCCUCAACACGUUCCACUUUGCCGGUCGUGGUGAAAUGAACGUGACCCUCGGUAUCCCUCGACUUCGGGAAAUCCUCAUGUUGGCCUCGCAGCGCAUCAAGACGCCUUCGAUGGAGAUCCCCUUCCGGGCGUUCAAGAGCCAUAAGAAGCUGAACACCGCUGCGGAACGGAUGCGCAAGACCCUGAACCGGGUGACGGUGGCCGAUGUGCUGCAGGAUAUCCACGUCAACUCGCGGUUGGUGUUGAGGCCGUCCCGCGGAAUGCAACACACGGUGCGGUUUACCUUCCUGCCGCAGGACGCCUACGCGCACGACUACCGGGUGGAACCGAAGCAGAUCCUGAAGUACAUGUCCGGGUCGUUCUUCAAGUACAUGUUCCGCAUCAUCAGCCGGUCCGCCAAGAGCAAGAAUGUGCUGAUCGAAAUCGAGCAGGAAUCCAAAGCGAAACAAACCGAAUCAACAGAGAACGACGAUUUGGUGGACAGCCGUGCACCGAACGUGUCCACCCGAUUGGAGGAAGACCCGGACGAAAGCUCGGAUGACGAGGCCGGUGGCAACGAAGACGAAGCCGACGCAACGGAAUCGAAGCUAAAGAACAAGCAAAGCGACGAGGUGGGUUACGAUACGGAUGAGGAUGAUGACGAAGAAAAGGACGAAGACGAAAUGCAAGAUUCCUUGGAGGACAAGGAAAAGGAGUCGGGCGAAGCACCGAAGGAGGCUGAAGAAGCGGAAGAGGAUGAGGUGGUCAAUGAGGAGGACAUGGACGAUGAAUUGGGUGCGACCGAUACUGUUCUGGAAGAUGAAGCAAUUAGAAUGCACGUCAUGAAGACAAGCGAACUGAUCAACGAUUUCGUGUUCGACAAAAAGGAACAUCGCUGGUGCCAGGUCACUUUCCAUAUGCCUUUGAAGUAUAAGGACAUUGACUUUACUAAGAUUCUGCGCGAUAUUGCUGAGAAGUGCGUCGUAUGGGAGAUUCCGAACAUUCGUCGGGCCAUCACCUACGUCCAGAACGAUCAGCUGUACUUGAAAACCGAUGGCAUCAACAUCUACGCGAUGACCAAGUUCUACAAGAGUCUGGACCUGAACCGACUCUAUUCGAACGACAUCUACGCCAUCGCGCAGACGUACGGAAUCGAGGCGGCCGCUCGGGUCAUCGUGAAGGAGGUGCAGAACGUGUUCAAGGUCUACGGCAUCACGAUCAAUCCGCGCCACUUGCUGCUGGUGGCGGACUACAUGACCGCGGACGGGACAUUCAAGUCGAUGAGCCGCAAGGGAAUGGAGAGCAACGUGUCCCCGCUGCAGCAGAUUUCGUUUGAGUCGUCGAUCCAGUUCCUGAAGGCGGCCGCGCUGAAGGGAAAUGGAGAUCAUCUGGAUUCGCCCUCGUCCCGACUGAUGGUUGGACAGCUGUGUAAGAGCGGCACUGGUGCGUUUUCCGUGUACAGUAAGGUGCAGGCCGCAGCCUAGGAUAAGUUUGGUGUGGGUGUAUUGUUAGGAUUGAGUCGUUUGAAUAUAUUAGAUGCCGAAGUUUAAGAAUGUUUCUUGCUAA